AUGGAAAACCUGAGCUUACAAGAAACCAGAGAGGAAUUCACCAAAAGGAUGCAGGAGUUCGAGGGACGACUACAGAAGGCAACCCUUUCGAGCCCCGGGGCAGCGAACAUCGCUUCUGACUUCGCUGUCUUUAAACAGAUGACACUGGAGAGUCUGCAAUCUUUGCAACACCAAGUUGACUUGCUGGCAAAGGAAGUUGAUUUGCAGGAAAUGCGUAGCCGACGGAAAAUUUUGUUGCUUCAUGGCGUCUCAGAAAGUGAUCAAGAGGACGUCGUCUCGGUGGUAUGUGGUGUUGUUGGUGAUCAAAUGAAAUUGGAGUUUUCAACGGAACAUAUUAGCCGGUGUCACAGGAUGGGACGUAUAACAACUAGUAAGAAAGCACGUCCACUUUUGGUGAAAUUUCGUGAUAUCAAUAUUCGCGAUAGGAUCUGGUCCAAUAAAACAAAAUUGAAAGGCACCAAUAUUUCCUUAUCUGAGUUUUUGACAAAAACUAGGCAUGAUACAUUAUAG